AUUACGUAAUUUUAUUUAUUUAAUUUUUCAUAAAUAAAUUUAAUAUCCAUUAAGUUUCAAAAUUAAUUAGUCGAGAUGCAAAAUAGUAAUGACACUUCAAAUGACAAUAAAUCCAUUAAUAAAGCAAAAUCUUAUUCUAGUGGACCACCUAAAAAACUGAAAAACAUACCAGUAAAACGUAAAUCAUUUAACACAAAUGAAGCAAUUAAUUCGUUGGAUCUAGUUGGAGGAAGGUUGAAGAAAAGUAAGCUUGUGAUUGGAGAAUCUACCACAAGUAGUGAUCAUACGAAUCCAGUUCAAGGUUACAAUACGCAAGACAUGUUUAUUGACAGUGUAGCAACUCCAAGUGUAAAUUUCAUUGAUGUGGAAAAUACAUCGUCGAUCUCUAUAAAUUUUUCUCAUUACGAAUUAAUGAGAAAUAUUUCACUAUCUAAUUGUAGCUCCAACGAAGCGGUAGGUAGUACUUAUGGCGCCUUUUCUAGCCUUACGGAUAUCGCCUCAAGGAACGAAAACUUAGAAAGAUAUUUUCGAAGCCUUGACAUGUGGAGUAGAGGUCCAAAAACAAACGGAACCAAAUAAUCUAAGGUUUCGAUUUCUUUACAAUUUUUCUACACUUAACGUUGUUUGUGUAAAUUUUAAAGAACCAUGAAAUGAAAUGUACACAUUAACGAUUAUGAAAAUUUUAUUUAUUCAAAGAAACUUUACAUUAAUAACAGAAUAAUCUCAGAAUUUACAAAUGAACAUACCGAUCUAUACAACACUGUAACUCUUAAACGAGACGAUAAGAUUUAUAACACUGAUUAACAACAACGUAGAAUAUAAAUUUUCUCUAGGGCCACCAAACGGCGCGUUACUGAAUACAAUAAUUUAUAAGAUUGCCCUGUAUGUAAUAAACAUGACUCGCCAGCCUAAGACAAAUUUAGGUCGAGAGGGUAACAGGCGUGUAAUAGUUACGAGUAGAUUAGGACAGAGGAAGAACAUUCAAGUUUAUUAUUGUGUUCAACACCGCGCUUGCCAUCGAUCUAUUUGCUAAAGAGCGAUCCGCGACAUUCUACUGUUACGAAGGCGGACACUACACUGCAUCUUAACUACACUCAACACAUCUUAUUACAGUAUUUUUUAAAGAAAAAAAAAAUUAAUAUUAAAACAGUGACGAUUU